CAAUUAAAACAUUUAAAAUGAAACAAAUAAUUUUAGUAUUAUCAACUUUAAUUUCAAUUACAUAUGCAAAUAAACCGUUUGUUUGCAAGGAUGACAUUCAUAAAUGUUAUUAUGUAUUGAAUGGUUUGAGUACAGAAAAUGAGGCCAAAAAUCAUUGCAAACAAAUGGACACAAAGUCACAGCUAUUGACCAUAAACUCCAAAGAAGAGCAACAGUUUAUAUCGUCAGCUUUGGCAUCAAAUCCCAGUCUUAAAGACAAUGUUUGGUUGGGUCUGGAGUAUGGAUACUCUACUUUGCCGCAUACCGUUCCCCGUAAUCUGAGAUGGCGUUGGGAUAACCGUGUGGACAGUCAGUACUUCAAUUGGUGUCCCGGUAGGAACUGUGCCUUUGAUGACGAGGACGCCCGCAAUUGGGGUGACUGCGCCCGUAUGUCUGUACAAAAGGGAUCAUCUCUGGGAUUGUGGUACAGCCAUCCCUGUACUGCACAGUUGGGUGUUGUCUGUGAAAUUAUAUCUAAAUAAAUAUAAUAAAUAAUUUAUAACAUAAAU